AUAACAUUGAAGAUAAGGAUUUCAGCUAGACAUACUGCUAGUGCCUGAGCGUGGGGUUAUACAGUAAAAUCUCUGUUUCCAAGUGGUAUCGACCAAGAGCUUUUCUACUCGCCGAAAUGUCUGAUGCUAUAAAAAAUGUGGCAAUAUUCGGCUGCACGGGGAUGACAGGGUCAGCGACCUUACCUAUCGCAGUGACCGCAGGUUACAGUGUGACUGUGCUGGUGAGAGACGCUGCAAGGCUUCCUUCAGACCACAAGGCCUCCAGAGUGGUAGUGGGAGAUGUUCUGAACAAAGAAGAUGUGAAGAAGACCCUGGAGGGUCAGGAUGCAGUCAUCAUCAUUCUGGGGACAAGAAAUGAUCUCAGUCCCACAACAAUGAUGUCUGAGGGAACACGGAACAUUCUGGAGGUCAUGAAAGCUCGUGGAAUCCGCAAAGUUGUUGCAUGCAUGUCAGCGUUCCUCCUGUGGGAUCGUGCCAGAGUUCCUCCUCGUCUUGUGCCGGUCACUGAAGAUCAUGACAGAAUGAACACUGUCCUGAAGCAGUCAGGACUGGACUAUAUCGCAGUCAUGCCUCCACAUAUUGCUGAUGACAAGCCUCUGACAGAAAAAUACACCGUGACUGAGAACAUGUUAAAAGGAAGAGUCAUCUCCAAAUAUGACCUGGGCCAUUUCUUUGUCAAGUGCCUUUCCACUUCUGAAUGGGAUGGAAAGACAGUCGGAGUUAGUGGAGAAUAUAGUUAAUCUACUCAGGGCUUUGUUUAAGUGCUCUCAGUAAUUUCUCUUUAGUGGUACUAAAAGCUCUCAGUCCAGACAGGGGGAGCUGGACAUCAUUUGGCUCUGCAGUGAGCAACAUAUGUUAACAGAGAAAGUUUUUUGAUUCUGAUUUUUUUUUUUUUUUCAUGAACACAUAUGCUGCCCAGCAAUAAUUGUACUUUUAGUUAAUCAUCGCUUAAAAAUGUAUUUAAAUUUUAUUUUGUACUUACUGAAAAACAGAUGGUUGGAUGGAAAAAAUCUCUCUGUUUUUGUUUUGCCUUAUAAAACAUUGAAUUAAAAUACAUGUUAUGUAAUUUGCCUAAUAAUGUAGAUUUCUUUUUAAUUUUCUGUUUUUAAAAUAAAGAUGUUCCUGCUUGUU